CUUCAAGGUUAGUUUUCUCACACAUUUUCCUUUUGCCCUCUUUUUUCGACAUAACUAAAGAGUUCCCCUGUUCAAAGAGGGGUGAGAAAAGGCAUCAGGAACUUCUUAUUUAUGUUACAUUACACUUCACUGAGCAACUCCCUGCUGAAAAUAAUACUCGGUCUUGUAAGUUAGUUAUCUCUAUAAUGUGCAUAAUAAUUGAUUCUAGAUUUCAUUUUAGCAAAUCUAAUUCUGGUAACAGUCUAAGGCAGCCUUGUUUGAUAUGAUGGGUGCCUCAAUGAUGAAGGUGGUUUGUCUCAUGCUCCGACAAUCUAACAUAUGUGUUUGACAUGAAACAGAUAAGGUAAGUGGGGCUCCUUCAGGUGUGAUUUUUUAUGAAUUUUUCCACCUAAUUUGUCUAUUAAGAAGUAUAUUUUUAGCUAUAAGUCUGAUACAAAAGGAAUAAUACAUGUUUUUGAAGCCAUUUAGAGAAUUGCUCUGGCAUAAUUUGGUUGUGGCACUUGUGGAGAUAUUUUCAAGAAGUGCACAAGAUAGAGAUCCACCCACCCAACUCUCAAUAUUGAAGUUGUACUAUUGGCAUUGGCUAGUGGGGGCUUGCAUACUUGCUGUUUACUUGGCUUUACUUUAUGGAAUGUAUGUUCCAGACUGGCAAUUCACUGUCCAUAAUCCAGACAGCAUAUACAAUGGAACAACUUUAACUGUGACCUGUGGUGUGAGGGGCAAACUCGAUCCCCCUUGUAAUGUUGUGGGAUAUAUUGACCGAGAGGUGCUUGGAAUUAACCACAUGUAUAAGCGUCCAGCGUGGAGAAGAUCUGAAGCUUGCACAGAGAAUUCCCCAUAUGAAGGACCUUUUAAAAGAAGUGCACCUUCAUGGUGUUAUGCUCCUUUUGAGCCAGAAGGAAUUUUAAGCUCAAUAUCUGCUAUUCUCUCCACAAUUAUUGGAUUGCAUUUUGGACAUGUACUCGUACACUUACAGGAUCACUCUUCUAGGUUGAAGCACUGGCUUCUCCUUGGCUUAUCACUCCUUGCUUUUGGACUUAUUCUUCACUUCACUCAUGCCAUUCCUUUGAAUAAACAGUUGUACACAUUAAGCUAUGUUUGUGUAACAUCUGGAGCGGCAGCAUUAGUUUUUUCAGCCUUCUACAUUGUGGUUGAUAUUUGGGGUUUGACAUUGUUGUUCUUGCCUUUGAAAUGGAUUGGUAUGAAUGCCAUGCUUGUUUAUGUCAUGGCAGCUGAAGGAAUCUUCGCAGGAUUCAUUAAUGGGUGGUAUUAUGAUGACCCUCAUAGUACACUGACUUAUUGGAUACAAAAACAUGUCUUCAUUAAUGUUUGGCAUUCGAAGAGAGUAGGAAUCCUGCUGUAUGUUAUCUUUGCGGAGAUCCUAUUUUGGGCCAUUGUUGCAGGCAUUUUGCACCGAUUGGGCAUAUAUUGGAAGCUUUGAAUUUCAUUUUUGUUUUUCUAAAAAUCUGUUGCUUUGUAAUUGUUGUAUAUUGAAUUUGGUGAUUGACUGAAGAGCCAUUUCACUGGCAAACUUGUUUGUUGCUAUCAUUGAUACAAUAAUUUCACUAAGAAUUGUAUAUGCCAAAACUAUUGAGAUAAAA